UAAAGAGUUGCAGAGUGAAAUGAAAGAAGGGACACAUUUCACCUGUUGACAACAAUUUAUUCAUCUGGAAUAGAAAAACCUGUGAAUCAGUAGGACGUGCCGAUGGGGCAGUUCACGUCAAAGCGUGGAGGUUUGGGCACUCUCCAUCGUGUCCGCUUCUCAACCAACGAGGAAGGACCUCCCAGGUAUUCUCCAAACCAUUUUGAUGCGAGCAGGCAGCAACAAGAUGGUAACCUCCAAAUUCCUCCAACCAUUGUUGUCUCGGACAUGGAUUCAAGUGCAUUAGAGCGCCGGGGUUCGAGGGCAGAGCUGAGGAGAUCUUCCCUCUACAGCACAUUAGACCUAGUGCCACAGCUGGAGCAUUAUGCCGGCACACUGCCACGCAAACAAGCGAGGAGCCGGCCCUCUCUUGAGGCUCUCCGCAGGGCAUUUGAGGAUGUGGAAGGGACAAGCACCACCGACUCAGGUGUCAACAGUCUGCCAACGACAGACAACGGGAAUGAAGAAUCACAAGGUCCACAGGAGAAAGCUCCUACUAGAUUUGGCUGGAUAAUUGGUGUCAUGGUUCGUUGCAUGCUAAACAUUUGGGGGGUCAUCCUGUUUCUCCGGCUAUCGUUGAUCACUUCUCAGGCAGGCAUUUUGUUGACCUGGCUUAUUAUCCUGAUGUCUGUGAUUGUUACCUCAGUAACUGCCCUCUCCAUCUCUGCCAUUGCCACCAACGGGAGAGUGGUCUCAGGUGGGGCAUAUUUUAUGAUCUCCCGCUCUCUGGGUCCUGAAAUUGGUGGACCAAUUGGGAUGGUUUUUUCCUUUGCCAACGCUCUGGCCUGUGCCCUCAACACCGUUGGCUUUGCAGAAGUGGUCCGUGAUCUAAUGAUGGAGUUCAAUGUCUACAUGGUCGAUGAAAUCAAUGACGUCCGUAUUGUGGGCGUAAUCACUGUGACUGUUCUUCUGCUCAUCUCAUUGGCUGGAAUGGAGUGGGAGUCCAAGACCCAGAUUUUGUUCUUUUUAGUUCUCUUGAUCUCAUUUUCUAACUACAUUGUGGGCACAUUCAUCCCUCCCACUACAGAGAAACAAGCUGUGGGCAUCUUUGGAUACCGCAGUGAUAUCUUUGUAGAAAACCUGACACCAGACUGGAGAGGCCCUGAUGGCAGCUUUUUCCAGAUGUUUGCCAUUUUCUUCCCCUCCGCCAUUGGCAUCCUUUCUGGAGCCAAUAUCUCUGGAGACCUCAAAGACCCUGCUACUGCUAUCCCCAAAGGCACCCUCAUGGCCAUUUUCUGGACUACAAUCAGCUAUCUAGUUAUUUCUGUAACUGUUGGGGCUUGUGUGGUGCGUGACGCCUCUGGUAACCUAACCAACAUUCUGACUGGAAACAUCACUGAUGGCUGUGUGGGUCUGGCAUGUAAAAUGGGCUGGAACUUCACAGAGUGCAUCCAGUCAAAAAAUUGUACUUAUGGUCUGGCCAACAGUUCAAAGGUACUGGGCCAAGUUUCAGGUUUAUCCUAUCUCAUCACUGCUGGUGUCUUUGCAGCCAGCUUGUCAUCUGCCCUUGGUUUCCUUGUCUCUGCCCCUAAAGUCUUUCAGUGUCUUUGCAGAGACAAAAUAUACCCAUACAUCGGAUUCUUUGCAAAGGGUUAUGGGAAAAAUGAUGAGCCUCUUCGAGCCUAUUUACUCUGCUAUGUCAUUGCUGUGGCCUUCAUUCUCAUUGCUGAGCUGAACACCAUCGCAGCCUUGAUCUCCAACUUCUUCCUGUGUUCCUACAGCCUCAUCAACUUCAGCUGCUUUCACGCUUCAAUCACCAACUCCCCUGGUUGGAGGCCGUCAUUUCACUACUACAGUAAAUGGACUGCUUUGUUUGGAGCAGUGAUAUCUGUGGUGCUGAUGUUCCUGUUCACCUGGUGGGCUGCUCUCAUCACCUUUUGUGUCAUUUUCUUCCUGUUUGGAUACGUCAACUACAACAAGCCAAAGGUAAAUUGGGGUUCGUCGGUCCAGGCAGGUACAUACAACAUGGCUUUGUCAUACUCCGUCUCUCUGUCCGGUGUCGAGGAUCAUGUCAAGAAUUUUAGACCACAAUGUCUCGUACUGACUGGGCCACCAAACCAGCGACCAGCCCUGGUGGACUUUGUCGGCUCUUUCACCAAACAUAUAAGCCUCAUGGUCUGUGGAGACAUAAUCAUGGAGCAGGACAGGCAGACUCGGCCGCAGGAUACCACUGAUGGCUUGGUGAAGUGGAUGAACAGGAGGAAGGUGCGCUCCUUUUAUACUCCUUUCACUGCGGACAGCCUCAGAGCCGGAGCACGACACUUGCUACAGGCUUCUGGUCUCGGCAAGCUGAAGCCCAACACUCUGGUCCUGGGCUUCAAGGCAAACUGGAGGGACAGUUCUCCUGAAAGCAUUGAAGAUUAUACCAACACCAUAUAUGAUACCUUUGACUCCAAUUACUGUUUGUGUAUCUUGAGGAUGAUGGACGGGCUGGAUAUCACUGACCAGUUUGACUUUGAAGUGAACCAGGGCUUUGAGCCAGAUGAAUCUGUUGAAAAUGACAACCAGCAAUCUCCUGAGAGGGAAUCCGACCUCACUCCUUCUCCUUUAGCUGUUAGAGCUGACGACAUCUCAGAUAAAGGCGACAGCGAUCAGAUCAAGACAGUGUUUCAGAAUGACCAAGGGAAGAAGACCAUCGACGUCUACUGGAUAGCUGACGAUGGAGGUCUGACUCUGUUGGUGCCUUACCUGCUCACCAGGAGGAAACGCUGGCACCGCAGUAAGGUCAGGGUCUUCAUCGUAGGAGAUGAACAAAACAUGGAGGAAGGCCGCAACGAGAUGAUUGCUCUGUUGAAGAGGUUUCGGUUGGAUUUUAACGAUGUUAUAGUUAUGACAGACAGUGAGAGGCGUCCACUUGCUAAGAACCUGAGUAGGUUUGUGGACAGUGUCGCCCCCUUCAGACUAUACGAUGAACAGCAGGAAGGUGUCUCAGUUCAGGAACUGAGACAAAGCACCCCAUGGAAAAUAUCAGACAAAGAGUUUGAGGCAUUCAAACUUAAGUCUGAGAGAAAAGUGAGGUUGAAUGAAAUCAUCCGGAAGAAUUCACAACACGCUUCACUUGUGCUUGUGAGCCUACCUGUGCCACACAGUGACUGCCCCAGUGUUCUGUACAUGGCCUGGCUGGAUACUCUGACCUGUGGCCUCCACUGCCCAGUGGUGCUUAUACGAGGAAACCAGCAGAACGUCCUCACCUACUACUGCCAGUAAAAAAUACCCCAGGAACAAAGGGAAAAUACAACAUAAACCCAAUAAGUGAAAUAACUUAAAAAGAAUGUGUGCAACUGGUGCCAACUGAGGGUUAACAAACUUGAUAGAGUAAGAGCUCUUAUAGACAGUAAUAGGAAGAUAACACCAUUGUAGUUGAAAGAAAAGAUAGAGGAAGAGUCGAGGACUCCCUUGAUGCUGCUCUGCCUGAGCCACAACUUGAAACAAAAAGUGAUAGAUGACGCACCAGAAACCCGAAGUGAGUGAGUUUUUUUCAGGUUUUAAGGUAGUCUGAGAUGCUGAGUGGUUAUACAGACUGCUGUCCUGGAUUGUUCAUAGGUUCCAUGAAUGAACACAGAAAUACACAAAAUCACUCCCUAUCUCUCUAUUUACUAUAUUGUGUGUAUAUGUAAUAGACCACUAGUUCAGCCUCAGCCUCACUAUCUCUAUAGAACUCAGGCAGUAUGUUCCAAUGGUUCCAAAUCAAGUGCUAUUAAGGUUAGUAUGUCCAACAAGGGUAUGUUCUUGGUCCUCUUUGUUUUAAGAUUGUUUUUUGUAAGAUUUGUGCCAUUUACUAAGAGAGAUACUUAAUAUAAUUUCAAUAUAAAUAUUGUACAGUUAAUAUGAAGAUGGAGUUAGUGAAUUUUAGAGUUUCAUCAUUUAAUGUAUUUAUUUAAAAACAGCAAAUUAUGUGUGAACAUUAAAAAUGAACAGUAUUUAUUAAUAAAUAACUGGGAGAAAUAUAACAUAGAAAUGUAACAUAGGUAAAAAGUAUAAUAACUAAUUUAGCUAUUAGUAGUUACUGAACCAUUUUCAUAUAUGACAUAACUUGAUAAUUGUUCCUGCUGGGAGCAGAGCCUAAUGACUGAGUACCUUCGACCUUGGGGAAUGUUAUUUGUGCAUACAAGGAUUUCAACUUUCAACAAGUCUUUUGGAUUAAAUUUGCUCUGCAUAGGCAAUAACAACUUUCAUCAUUCAUUCUUAAUUAAUCUGCAUUAUUUGUACAGGCUGCAUUUUGUGUAAUGUAUUUGUAUUUAUCUGCUGCAUCUGUGAUUGUUGGUUUUCUAUAAUUAAUUAAAUUACAACUAUGCUAAA